ACGAUAGCUCGACACAAAAUGUCCGUGGUGCGAACGAAGGUCCUCGGGCUGGUGGACGUAAUAAUGCGUGUGCCGAGCCUGUUCAUCAUAGACGAAAUCCUCAAGAUGGGCAUGGGAGUGCCGGUGUCCCGGAGCGGAGCCCCAUUGGCGAACAGUACCACCAGCCCGCUGCAGUCCUCGCUGCCACCGAUGCUGCCAGAGGACGACGAUCAUGGGAUACAGGACAAUAUCGAGAUGUACAAAUUUAUCUCCCUGUCUGUGCUGAAAUUUCUCUUCUGUUUGUUCGGUGCCAUCAGUGCAGCGUGCGUGUUUAUGCUUUGGACUAGACACUUGGUCAUCGUCUACAUGUACAUCGUCUCCGUAGGGUUAAUAUUUCUGUCGUACUGGAGCAACGUCUCGGCCCUGUCGGUGAUAUCCGACAGUCCCAGCCUGCUGGAGGACAUCCUGUCGCUCAACAUGGAACGGCUGCUCGAUCCGGGAGGUGUGCUCAUCUCGAUACUGCCGCAUCUUCUUGCUCAAUGGCUGAUGGGUGUCAUCUUUGCCUACAUUCAUUUGGGUCCAAGGUAUAAAAUCACACAGAAGGCCCUACCGUUUAGCUUCCUGAUGCCGCUGCUGCUCGCGAUGCUCCCGCUUCCGUCGGUAGUGCUGAAACAUUCCCCGGCAUUCGCCGCCAUUCUGCCACUCGUCCUGUCCAAGAUUGCACUGUGGAGCUCGUCGUUCGACGUGGUCAAAACGAUCCUGAGCGGAUAUCAGCAUGCCCGUGCGUACGCCGGCAACUUUGGCAUUGCGACGCUGAUCGAAAACGAAUGGCAACGCCUGAAUGUGCCGUGCGUGUUGCGCGUUUUCUGGAGCAUCCGGCUGGCGGAGCACCUCAUCAGUCUGCUGAUGUCAUCGGAGGCUCCCCUGCGCUUUGCGGCCACCAUGAAGACGCUGCUCGUGAGCGGCUGUGAAACGCUGACCGCCGUGCUCGGGAUGACCAGCAUCAUCUCGCUCAUAUGCCACUACAUCGGCAAGAUGGUCCAGCUGUUCCUGCUGUCCGAGGACUACGACGAGGACAAAUCGAUCGGUACGGUUUCGGCGAUCCUGUUCUACAUUCUGGCCCUGCAGACGGGGCUCACGUCGCUGUCGCCGGACAAGCGCUUCAUUCGAUUGUGUCGCAAUAUGUGUUUGCUGGUGACAGCUUUGUUGCACUUUCUGCACAACAUUGUUGCACCCAUACUAAUGUCACUGAGUGCUGCCCGUAACCCCUCGCGAAAACGACACGCACGAGCGCUAAUGGUGUGUGCUUUUCUUCUUAUCGCGCCGAGCUCACUGCUAGCAGUGCUCUGGUCACGCCACUCACUCUCCACCUGGCUGCUGGCCGUGACGGCCUUCUCGGUGGAGGUGAUCGUAAAGGUUCUGGUGAGUUUGGCAACCUACACACUCUUUCUGCUCGACGCUCGGCGGCAAACGUUCUGGGAGAAGCUGGACGACUACGUUUACUACAUCCGUGCGUUCGGCAAUUCCGUCGAGUUUUGUUUCGGUAUUUUCCUCUUUUUUAACGGCGCUUGGAUACUGAUUUUUGAAUCCGAAACGAUUCCCAUAGGCGGUGCCAUACGCGCACUCAUGAUGGGCAUCCACGCGUACUUCAACAUUUGGUGCGAGGCCCGGGCCGGUUGGGGUGUGUUUAUGAAGCGCCGAACAGCAGUGCACAAAAUUUCUUCACUUCCCGAGGCUUCAGUGGCACAGCUACGGCACUUCGAUGAUGUGUGCGCCAUCUGCUAUCAGGAAAUGACUUCCGCCAAGAUUACUCGCUGUAAUCACUACUUCCACGGGGUUUGCCUGCGGAAAUGGCUGUACGUGCAGGACCGCUGUCCGUUGUGUCACGAGAUCAUCAUGAACCAGGAUGGAAGCCCAGACGAAAACAGUACCGAUGAUCGUGCCAACGAAAACGAACAGGUUAACGGUGGCGACGCUCACGCUCAGAUGCUUCAACAAGUCCACCAAACGGCGAAUACCGCUGCUGGCGCGAGCACUGCUACCGGAGGACAAUCGGGCACGGUGCUGCAUGCUGCCUUGCGCGACAGUUUUAGCGGUACCGGAAUGACCAACGUUGGUUCCGUGGAAGAUGAGCUACUUGGUGCGAGCCACGGUAGCAGCGCCAGUAGCAGCGUUAGUAGCAGUAGCAUAAGCAACCACACAAAUGCGGGAGAUAACGGAAGCAGCGGAAGCAGUGGCUCGCUGUCCAGCAUGUCGAAUGCCUCCCUCGUCUCGGCGGCGGCCAUUUCCUUCACGCUUCGCCCCCAUCAUGUGCUGCUUCAACAACAUCAAACACAAUCAAUGGCCGGCCUGAGUACGUCGACCCUGCUCAGCGAGCCGGCUUCUAGAGCGCAGCUAGAGCUACUAUCGGCACGAAUCACGUCGGAGCCAGCGGCAGGCACUUCGGAGGAAGCGGCUGAGCAACGCUCAGCAUCGGAGCAUAGAACGUCCGUUAAACGUGACUUCUUGGACGAGCUGCAAUAGAACGCCAUUGUUGGUGUACACAGGUGACCGGUGCCCGAUACUUCAAGCACUGAACGCAACCAGUAGGGUAUGCUAGGGUGGGCUCGUGUAUGUUAGUGAAUGUGACGGUGUGCGUGUCGAGUGUAUAGAUUUAUGCUGUAGAUAGGACGGAAGUCGGCACCACUCUGUCAAAGCGGCGGGAGAACAUGCUAGCUUGCGGAGUUCCACGCCGGAUGCUGGUCUGGCGAAUGGCGCUAAUAAUACUGUGACUGUGGUUAUAUGGUUUAAGAAACAAAUAUGUUUGGUGUAUUGACAAUUAUCUCUUAUCUGAGCACGAAAAACGCUUUCAUCAGAGAGGUGACUAUGAAUGGUGUCUGUCGACAAAUGAUCCUUAAGCCGUGCAAGGGGCUUUGAGGCGUCAUACUGGCAAGCGAUUCGAGGCUAAUGGCACACUAGCGCCUGGAAUGGACUACAAUGGUUCCACCUACCACUUGCAGCGCAGCUAAGACAAACAGAACAUAAACAAUUCCUCUCUCGACUUAUUGCGCAAUAUUGUGAGAUGAUUUCCGACAAGGUACUGAUGCGCGGAUGCGACUGCGAGUUCGACGGAGACAGUGGUGCCCGGACUGUGGGCGGAUUGUCCACUUUAACACGAAGAGGAAACGAAAGCCCAAAUAUGCUCCGAUGAACCAACACGAACCACAAAGUGAAAACGAUUACACAAAGGGCGACGAAUAAUUAGCGACGAAGUAAACCAAAGGGGGAAAAGUGUGUAUUUAACUUGUCCGUUAGGUCGGGCCGCUGACUGUUGGCCCGUUUCCUCCGAAGGUCUGCUGUAAUAGGUUGUUCUUUGUUUUAUAGAAAUAUUUAAUGCGUAUUGAGGCGUGCAACGGAUAGUCAAUGGAAUUGAUGAUUUAACUCUACCGUUCGCUACAAAUAGCAACAAGACAAACACGGCAAGGGUAAUUAGCAUCAAAGCUCUUGGUUUAGGAUAUGUUUCCAAAUUUUAAAGUUUUUUACCACUGAUCCUCUGGCACAAACCCUCUUUCGGUCACGUUUUUUUUACACCGGUUCCAUUGUGUUUGAUUACUCCAGCCCUCUCUAAGUACUUUUCGGACACGUGUACAUAGUGUGGGCUUUGAACAACCAAAAAUAGGCCCAA